GAGAGCAAUUUAUUUAAUUUCCCCUUCACGGAUUUAAUUUUUAAUUCGAGCGAGAGCAGCGAAAAAAAAAAAUUAAAAGUGAGAGGGAGUGAGCGAGUCGGGGAAAAAAUUAACUCAGCGCCGGCUCGGGAUUCUCAGCAUUCCGGGUAAUUUCUCCCUCUCUAAUUUAAUCACCUUGAUGACUUUUCUCCUCUUUCUGCCCGUGCCCCUCGCCCUCCGGCGCGCACUCCGCUGCCCCGCUCGGCGCUCGCCUCUCGCCUCCCGCUCUCCGCGCUCUUUGGCGGCAAGAGCGGCAGCUCUCGCCCGGCACCGGGAGAGGCGCGGGCGAGGUGCAGGGCUGCCGGGGGCACAGCCGGCCGAAAGUGGGAAGAAAUUCCUGCGGGAGCGGCGGGCUGCACGCCGGACACGGCGAGUGGCCGGGCGGGCGGGAUGUGCGGGCGAGCGGAGCGCGGAGAAAGUCCGGCGGCCGGAGCCCCCCGGGCUGCCGGCGGGCUCGCCCCCUCGCCCCGCGGCGCCCUCCCGGGGGGGCCGCAGCCGAGCCGCUGCGGGCCGCCUCCCUUUUGUUUCCGCCGCGGGGCGCGGGGUGGCCGUCCCGCCGCUCCCCGCCGCCCCGGGCCGGCGCCGUGCGGGGCUCCGCCGCCCCGACCUCGCCCCGCGCCCGCCCCGCCGCCGCUCCGGCUGGGGCUGGGGCGGGGGGACGGCACCGGGCGGCGAGGGAGCCGAGCCGAGCCGCGCCGCGCCGGCUGGGAUUCCCUGCUCGCCCUCGCCUCGCGCUCUCCCGCUCGCUUACUAUUUUUUGGAAGAUUUUCAAAAAAAAAAAAAAAAAGUGGAAGUGGAUUUUGAUUGGGAAAAAUCUCGUGUCUGAAUGUUUACAAGCACCGCGUGUGCGGGGAGCCUCCUGCCAACAAACACAGGCGAGAGCGAGCCCGGGCUGAGCACACACGCGCGCUCUCACACACGCACACACACACGCGCGCACACACACGCACACACUCGCAGCCUCACACCCGCGAACGGCCCCUUCUCGCCGCCGCCGUUUCAACCCCAAACCAAACCCGCUCUCCCCGGGAGAGAAAAAACAAACCCCGAGCCCCACCACACCGUUCGCAACAAAAACUCUCCGGCUCCCUCCGUCCCUCCCUCCAGCCGCCACCACACACACACCAGGGCUAGAUGCAAGAUAAGCGGGAGCGCUCUUUGCACAACAAAAGGCAACUCGAGCUGGAAAGCCGAACCUCUUGAAGCCAUUCUCACUGAUGACGAACCUGAACAUGGCACAUUGGGAGCUCCGGAAGGGGACCACGACCUCCUCACCUGUGGCCAGUGUCAGAUGAACUUUCCGUUGGGGGACAUUCUUAUUUUUAUUGAGCACAAACGGAAACAAUGCAAUGGCAGUCUCUGCCUAGAGAAGGCUGUGGAUAAGCCACCUUCACCCUCACCAAGUGAGCUGAAAAAAGCAUCCAAUCCCGUGGAGGUUGGCAUCCAGGUUACGCCAGAGGAUGACGAUUGUUUAUCAACGUCAUCUAGAGGAAUUUGCCCUAAACAGGAACAUAUAGCAGGUAAAGAUGAGCCCAGCAGCUACACGUGUACGACUUGUAAACAGCCUUUCAACAGCGCCUGGUUCCUCUUGCAGCACGCACAGAACACGCACGGCUUACGGAUCUACCUAGAAAGCGAGCACGGCAGCCCCCUGACGCCACGGGUUGGUAUCCCAACAGGACUAGGUGCAGAGUGCCCUUCCCAGCCACCUCUCCACGGGAUUCACAUUGCAGACAAUAACCCUUUUAACCUGCUCAGAAUACCCGGCUCGGUCUCGAGGGAGGCGUCGGGGCUGGGAGAAGGGCGUUUCCCACCCACGCCGCCCCUCUUUAGCCCUCCCCCGAGGCACCAUUUGGAUCCGCAUCGCAUUGAGCGCCUGGGUGCGGAAGAAAUGGCUCUGGCCACCCAUCACCCUAGUGCCUUUGACAGGGUGCUGCGACUGAACCCCAUGGCGAUGGAGCCCCCCGCUAUGGAUUUCUCCCGGAGGCUGCGGGAGCUGGCCGGCAACACCUCCAGCCCACCCUUGUCCCCGAGCCGGCCCAGCCCUAUGCAAAGGUUGCUGCAGCCCUUCCAGCCAGGCAGCAAGCCCCCGUUCCUGGCCACGCCGCCCCUCCCUCCUCUGCAGUCUGCUCCUCCUCCCUCCCAGCCCCCCAUGAAGUCCAAGUCCUGCGAGUUCUGUGGGAAGACCUUCAAGUUUCAGAGCAACCUGGUGGUUCACCGCCGGAGCCACACGGGGGAGAAGCCCUACAAGUGCAACCUCUGCGACCACGCCUGCACGCAGGCCAGCAAGCUGAAGCGCCACAUGAAGACCCACAUGCACAAGUCCUCCCCCAUGACGGUGAAGUCGGACGACGGGCUCUCCACCGCCAGCUCCCCCGAGCCGGGCACCAGCGACCUGGUGGGCAGCGCCAGCAGCGCCCUCAAGUCCGUGGUGGCCAAGUUCAAGAGCGAGAAUGACCCCAACAUGAUCCCUGAGAACGGGGAUGAGGAAGAGGAGGAGGAGGAGGAGGAAGAGGAGGAGGAGGAGGAGGAAGAGGAGGAGGACUUGAACGAGAGCGACAGGCCGGACUAUGGCUUCGGGAUGAGCCUGGAGGCGGCCCGUCACCACGAGAACAACUCGCGGGCUGGCGAGGAGGGCCGGGCGAUGCCGGACGUCAUGCAGGGCAUGGUCUUGAGCUCCAUGCAGCACUUCAGCGAGGCCUUCCACCAGGUCCUGGGGGAGAAACACAAGCGGGGCCACCUCCCCGAGCCCGAGGUGCACAGGGACACUUGCGACGAAGACUCAGUGGCCGGCGAGUCCGACCGCAUCGACGAGGGGGCCGUCAACGGCCGGGGCUGCUCCCCGGGGGAGUCUGCCUCGGGAGGCCUGUCCAAAAAGCUGCUGCUGGGUAGCCCCAGCUCCCUGAGCCCCUUCUCCAAACGCAUCAAGCUGGAGAAGGAGUUCGACCUGCCGGCCGCCGCCAUGCCCAACACCGAGAACGUUUACUCCCAGUGGCUGGCGGGCUACGCCGCCUCCCGGCAGCUGAAGGACCCCUUCCUCAGCUUCGGCGACUCCCGACAAUCGCCCUUCGCCUCCUCCUCCGAGCACUCCUCGGAGAACGGCAGCCUGCGCUUCUCCACGCCGCCGGGCGAGCUGGACGGAGGGAUCUCAGGCCGCAGCGGCACGGGAAGCGGAGGGAGCACCCCCCAUAUUAGUGGCCCGGGCCCUGGCAGGCCCAGCUCAAAAGAGGGCAGACGCAGCGACACUUGUGAGUACUGUGGGAAGGUCUUCAAGAACUGUAGUAAUCUCACCGUCCACAGACGGAGCCACACGGGCGAGAGGCCGUAUAAGUGUGAGCUUUGCAACUACGCCUGCGCCCAGAGUAGCAAGCUCACCCGGCACAUGAAAACACACGGGCAGGUGGGAAAGGACGUUUACAAAUGCGAGAUUUGUAAGAUGCCUUUUAGCGUGUACAGUACCCUGGAGAAACACAUGAAAAAAUGGCACAGUGAUCGAGUCUUGAAUAACGAGAUAAAAACUGAAUAGAGGUUCGGCGUACCCCCCCAGCUGGCGCAGCGCCCAGGGAGCCCCGGAUGUCUGGCAGUUUUCGGAUGGAAGUUCAAGAGCACUUAAAUUCUGAAAGGAGGUGAAGCUGGGGCGAGCGGCCGGCGGCGUCUCGGCGUCCGGAGGUGGCCUCUGUCCUGCUGGCUCGCCGCAUCCCUGGGAGAGCCUGAGGAGUCACCCGCCGACAGCAGCGCUCCCCGGGCUCCUCCUGCCUGCAAGACUAUCGUAUUUAUAUUUUGUAAUAGAGUACAACACUUCUUUGGGGUUGGUUUUUUCGGUUUUUUUGUUUUUUUUUUUUUUUUUUUUUGUUCAUUGGUUUCUUUUUUUCAUUUUCUAUAAACAAACAAACGAAAAAAACCCACCCACCAAGGUCAAGGGCUUAAUGGUGGCUUCGACUGGCUCCUUUCCCCAUGGAAAAGACUGUCUUGCUCUCGUGGACAAGCCGGCCUGUUGGUUAUCCCCGCAACGUGCCAUUCCUCGGGAGGCACAUCUGAUGUGAUGAAUUAAAAAUAAAGCAAAACGCAGUGUAGGUCUGUGGGUGGGUGGGAAAUUGCCAUAAUAAAUGUUGGAGCUUUAGGUUUUGUUUGCUCUGUCUUUAAUUUUUAAUGCUAACAAGGGCCAGACGGCUGGUGUGACUUUGUGUUCCCGUACCGGCUGCAGAAAAGCAAGUGCUGGGUUUUCACCGGGGAUGGUGUUGGCACGACGGGCUGCCUGGCCCUGGUGGACAGGACAGACCUUUCCCGCAGAGCUAGGCCAGGAGCUGGGCUCAGGGCCGGGCACCCCGAGCGCUGCUGAGCCGCCUCUGGCCUUUGGUGGUGCUGACAGGGGGGGUUUCCCAGCUCUCCUGCAUCGUCCUUGGUGAAUGCCGGCUGUCGCGUUGCAUUUCUGCUGCUGAGCUGUGUACUUCUGGGGCUGCUGGGCUCCCCGGCGUCCGCUCGUGCCCGUGCGGGGAGAAGCGAGGCCAGCACAGGUUUUGGGAGGGGUGGUAGUCGUGCUGAGAGUCAGACCAGGGGAUGCAGAGCCAGGAGCUGCUGCUGCCAGGUUGUUGUCCCAGUGUUUCCCAGGCUGUGCACCAGGGGCUGGCUGGUGACACGCGUCCCUUGCUCGGCGCCGAGCACCCGCCCAAGGAGUGUCCUGGUUGGGGGCCCAGGCGCUUUGCAGAACGGAAGAUGGGUUAUGUGUGAGCCUUGUGCUGGCUCUGAUGGGACUGAUAGGCUGUAGCUGCUCAUGCCUGUGCUGACGAGGGGGAAUGGACCUUAUUUGGUGAAAGAAGCCGGCUGGGUAGCGAGUGGAGCGGCUGGCGGGCCGCGUCGGGAUGGAGCCAAGUCAUGGGGAAAGGGCCAGUGGAUUGGCUGGCUUUGUGCAUUAACUUCAGUCUCACUCCUGUUUUGUUCACCUCCUUGCUUACAGUCUGAGAUCCUCACUUGGGGUGACUCUCUCCUGGUGGAACGGCCGUAGGGAAAAUGAUGUUGCCUUUUCCACGGGCAGUGGUUGCUCUUUUGUUGUUUAAAACCCCGGGCUGCGGUUUUCUCCUGGUGGCCUGGACACAGCACAAGCACAGACACUUCAGUACCUUAAAAUUUGGCUGGGGUGGGCAGCAGGAGCAUCUCCAAGGGGUGCCACACUGGAAGCCUGGAGGACUUUGGUGCACUGGGACACAAAGGGAGCUAUUGCUGCUUCUUCUAAGGUGAUUUGGUCUUUGAGGGCAAGCCACCCAAAAGUCUACGCACAGCCUCAGCUCUUUUUUUAUCAUGAGGGGAUGAUUCUAAAGGUUCUUCCUAGCCCAGCCUGUGCUGCCACCUCUGUGUCUGUUCCUAAGGGGUUUUUGAGCCUUGGAAGGGUGAAUCCUGUUGGAUUAAGCACCCGAUUGAUUGUGAGUGCACCAGUGGUGGAGAGUUAGACACCUGCUCCUGCCUGCCCUGGGGAUCUCUGCUCCAGGCAGCCGUGCCAGAUCAGGGCUAAGGGAGUCACUUACUGCAGCGGGGUUGCUCUGCUGGUUUCUCUGGACUGCUGGUCAGGACUCACCUGGUCUGUAUCCACAGCAGGCCUGGCCCAGGGCUGCUGGGAAGCUGCUUUGUAAGGGGUUCCAGUGUGCUGGCUCCUCCUGGGGGUGUCUGACCCUUGCUUUGUGUGAGCACAGGCCAAACUCAGUGUGUGGACGUCUUCUGGGCUCGCUGGUUGUGCUUUUGCCACUCUGCCUGGUGGAACAAGUGUGAUGGGAUCUGCUUUCUCUGGCCGGGGCUUGUCUCUCCUUCAGCAGGCAGUGUGAGGGCAAGGGUUUCUCCCAGGAAAAGUGAGAAGUAACAAAGUGGGGAUGGCUGAGUGUGUUCUGCCAAGCGCAGAAGUGAUACCUGAAGUGCUGAAGACGUAGUCAAAUAGUCUUUAAAAUGUCUGUUUUCUAAUGCAGUUGUUAAACUCUCCCCCACAACUCUUAGGGCUUUGAAACAUCUUCAGAAUUCGCGUUGCCUUAACAGGUGCAAUGUCUGUGCUGAGAGCCCCCUGUAAGCCAUGGGGCUCCUCUCCCUGGCUGCCAGCCCUGCUCCAGACUCUGCUGUGGCUCCUGCAGAGCACCAGGACAGCCUCAGCACCAGCUCUGGUGGAGAUUCCAAAGGGUCUCCACUGCCCCGGGUGACCUGGGGGGGCUGUGGGCUCUGAUUAAGAGUGUCAUCAGGGUCUUCUGUCCUGUAUUUGUCUGACCAGGGCUUGGCUGAGUCCCCUUGCUGUGUCUGAGCUUGGGAUCACCAGCAGCUCAAUGAGUUUCUGCCAAUUAAUCCAAGGUUUCCUGUGAAGGGAGGGCUGGGAAGUUGUCAGCCUCAAAGCUGGAGGUUGCUGGUGCAAGAGGGGCAAUAUUCCCAGGGGUUUUGUAUUUUGGCAUAUUCUCCAGGUGUUGGUCUGCACAUCCAAAUUGGAAAUAAGGUGUGGCUGGCCUUUAUUAAGAGAACAAAGCUCCUAAAGUUUUGGGGUUCUUAAUAAAGAAAAGAUAAAUGUUCUUCCCAGUCCCGGGGGUUGAGAUGAACAAGAUUCCUGGGAAUCACCUGGCUUAACUUAGAGGUUUGGGGUUUAAAAAGCUGCUUUCAGACUUGGAGAUGAUCUGACUAUGCUGUGUUUGAUUUCUAAGCACACUUUUCCUGACACUAAAACGCAGCAAAGGUCAAGCCUUUUGUGAAGCCUAGCUUGAAUUUUGCUUUCAAAAUAAUCUAUGUUUUGGAUUCAUGAUGCAUCUGGGCUGUGGACUUUUAUGAGAUGCAAGACCUCCCCCCAGAAGGGAUCUGAAAACAGAUUUUGUGAGUGAGUUUCCAAGCCAAACUGCCAAGCUCCUUGUGGUUUUUCUCAACCCCAGCUUUGUGUUGGGUCCCACUAAGUGACUGUGCUCAAGCAGCAUCGUGGUGUCGGUGGGUGACAGCAUGACUGUGGGCUCUGGGGGAAGCUGGAGGGAAGCUCCAUCCUCCCUGGGCUGCUGGAGGUUAUUUUAACCAUCUUUAGCCUUUCCUUUGGGUUUGCAUCUCCUUUCUCGUGUGUGUUUGAGCUGUCUGGGUGUGCUGGUGAGGCCUGGGGUGAGCCUUUCCCUGUGGAUUUUUGGCAGUGAGGAGGGGGAGGACCUGCUGAGCAUCCCUGCUGUUCCAGGGCUCCCUGCUCUGCUGUGGUGUUUCCCCUGACCUCACUGAAAAGUCUCAUUGAGGAGUGAGCUGAACCCCCCCACCCCUCAAAAACGGGAGUGGUGCCCCAUUUCCUUCUUCUGUUGCUCUCUGCUUCUCCUCCCACCCAGCUUUCCCAUUUCAGGCGUCAUCAUUCAAUUGUGUGCUGUAUCUGCUGCAAGUCAAACAUUGUUGCCCCUCCAUCCCAAUUUUCUCCCCCCAAAAAAUCAUCCUCUUAGGAUUCCUCUUCUGCAGGGGUCCAAAUCAUCAAUUAUUCCCGAGGCAAGGUGGAGUUGCAGGGGGCAGAACAACGACAAAAUAAACCCCCCUAAACCCCGAAUACGGCCCUUACUCCUUAAUCUCACUGGAUAGAGUUACACAUCUGGUGGAGGCUUGUCCGUGGUUGCCAUGACUUUUAUUGCAUCUUUAGCAGUGAUGAAGUUCAGAUGGCAGAACCAGUGGGCCCCAAUUUAAUUUCUCCUGGCCUCCCAUAAUGAGCGCGGCGUGAUCCCCGGGAACGCCGGCUCGGCCGCGCUUCCGCGGGCGGGAAGAGGGGGAAAACCUGGCACCGGGCAUGGCAACAGGUGGGUGGAGGUGCCUGUGCUGUGUGAGCGUCACAUUCUGCGCGGAGGGGGAUGGACGGGCAGGUGGUUUCUCCUGGCAAAACCCACGUGAGGUGGAUUCCCACCUUUUCCUGGUGGCCGGGGUGUGUGCGCCGCGACGCUUCCCGAGGUCGGUCCAGCCCUGGCGGCUCUUCCCUGGCCGUUUCCAUGACCCCCUGGGUUUCCAGUGGUGAUGUACAGAAGCUCCCAGCUCUCCCCCAAUGUCUGCAUGUGUCUAAGGGCUAUACAGGGCUCAUUGACGGGCCUCCCGUCGGCGGGAUAUGUGCAUGCAAAAUGAAGGUUGUAUUUGGCUUCUCAUAUUCGGAUCUAUAUUCCAUAUUGUGUUGACCAAGAAAAACACCUCAGCCCCUGUGCUGAAGAAUGUGAUGGACUGAUGACUUUCAGAAACGUACUGUAAAUCAAGGAGGCUAAUAAAUACUUGCUAUUAAUAAAACGGGGCUACUGCCUUUCAAGUUA